GCCCUUCCGUCUCUCACUCAUUACCACGCUUCUUUAACCGUCCCUUUUGAUUCGGUGCAAUACGGAGGACUAUCGGAGUGGUGUGUAGCACGGUGACCGUCGGUGGCUUCAUCAUUUCAUUCCCUUUAAAACUUUCCCAAGCUCUCGUAGACCAUACGCUCCCCUACACAACCACCUGUAGACUUUUUUUCUUUUCUUCCACUUUCCUCUGGUGGUCUUAAUUUACUCAAGGAAUCACUCAUCCUCCCCCAAUCCACUUUUUCGCUUGACAAGCCCUGGUUUUGCUGCCAUCACUUCAAAACCGAGACGCAGCCCUCUGUUCGCAUCCCUAGCGUUUCAACGUUCUGGCGCCUAACAGCUGCGCUUCAGCAACAUCCACGGACAACAUCGCCCUCUCAUAAUACCGAUUUUCGAUACCCGGUAACGAGCAGGAGCAGUAUUGUCGACAAUGUCGUCUUCUUCCUCGAAUGUGGUAGGUGUACACUACAGAGUCGGGAAGAAGAUCGGAGAGGGAUCCUUUGGUGUUAUUUUCGAAGGAGUCAACUUGCUAAAUAAUCAGCAUGUUGCAAUCAAGUUUGAACCGAGAAAAAGUGAUGCUCCUCAGCUGAGGGAUGAAUACAGAACAUACAAGAUUCUGGUUGGCUGCCCGGGCAUUCCUAAUGUUUAUUAUUUCGGACAGGAGGGUUUGCACAAUAUCCUAGUCAUUGACCUUCUGGGACCUAGCUUGGAGGAUCUGUUUGAUCAUUGCGGCAGGCGAUUCUCGAUAAAGACUGUUGUCAUGGUGGCUAAGCAAAUGUUGUCGCGGGUUCAAACCAUCCACGAAAAGAACCUAAUUUAUCGCGAUAUCAAACCAGACAAUUUCUUGAUUGGGCGUCCUGGGACAAAGUCUGCCAAUAUAAUUCACGUGGUUGACUUUGGCAUGGCUAAACAAUAUCGAGACCCCAAGACUAAGCAGCAUAUUCCCUACAGAGAGCGCAAGAGUCUCUCGGGCACUGCUCGAUACAUGAGUAUAAAUACGCAUCUUGGACGAGAGCAGUCACGAAGAGAUGAUUUAGAAGCAUUAGGACAUGUCUUCAUGUACUUUUUGCGAGGUGGAUUACCAUGGCAAGGUCUGAAGGCUGCUACCAACAAACAAAAGUACGAAAAGAUCGGUGAGAAGAAGCAGACAACCGCAAUUAAGGAACUCUGCGAUGGAUUCCCAGAGGAGUUCAAUCAGUACUUGAGCUAUGUACGCAACCUUGGGUUCGAAGAUACGCCUGAUUACGACUUGCUUCGGGACCUUUUCACACAGGCACUAAAGAAUACCGGGGAAGUUGAGGAUGGUGAAUAUGAUUGGAUGAAGCUUAAUAAUGGAAAGGGUUGGGAGGCCAUCUCAAAGCACCCCUCUUCACACAACUAUCACACAGCCCAUAAUCAGGCUCACGGAACCAACGGGGAGCUGCGACUUCUUCCUCCGGCCCAGGUUCGUCAACCUCCACAGCUCACCCCGAGUCGUUUAAACGCCCCGCAUCCCCCGCCACCAUCGCCAGGAAAGCCGAUGGGUCCGACGCGCGGCGACAGGCAAAACGCUCCAGGCGCAAUGCCGACCAAACGACCGAGCGGACCGGCGGGGGGGUUGCAGAAGCCAGUGGUCACACCAACAGCCAGCACACAAGCCCAGUUCCAAGCAUCGAACACGAAUCUCCCGCCUACAACCAGAGGGCCUUCAUCCCAGGUUCUGAACAGCCAACAGAACCAACCGAGGAACAACCCGGCAGAGCCUAGGAGAAGCUUUGUGCAGAAGUUAGCGGCAGCUUUCUGUUGUGGUGGUUGAUUCGUCUUGUUUUCGCAUAACUUUUUGUUUCGUAUUCUUCAAACAACUGUUUAAUAAUAUUACCCUCUGCUUUCUUAUUACUAUAUCCGGUUGCGCCAUUUCCUUUUCGACUCUUACCGAUACACAAACCCUUCACCAAGGGGCUAUUACGACCAUGAUACGAAUUGAAAAACAAGCGAAGUUCGCAGCAUGUGGGGAGGUAUAUAAAUGAGCGGGGGGGAGGAGGGUUGUAGCGGUUGAGCAUGUUUUUCCUUUAUUCCCUUUCCUUUUUGUCGAAUAGGUGUAGAAGCGAUGAACUGUUACGGGUAGGGGGGGGUUAAGCCAUGAAAGAGAAGGUGGAGGAAAGUAUUAGUUAGUCACCAGUCUUUUUCUCACCCAUUUUUUCUCACCUUCUCUUGGCCCACUUCCAGAGAUGAAGAUGAAAAAAGUUUUGGUUGGAGAGCAAAAAAAGCGAAAUCUUUCCCCGGUGUUUUUUGUCAUCCCUUUUUUUUUCUUUUUUCUUUUUCUAUACAUAUUUCCUGCGGUUUCUUGUCUGGAGGGGUUUUCCAUCGUUAUUUUCACUGUUUCCUGCUUGUAACUCUUUCUAUUUCUUUCUUUCCUUCUGGCAUCUUUUCUCUCUUUUGACAUAUUGAUAAUUGGCUCAUACAAGUACUUUCCUCGUGUCUCUUAAUUCACUUACAGGUGUUUAUUGACUUUUCCCUUCCUUUUUUUCCCGUUUCCAUUCACCAGCCAAACGUGUUAAUUUACCCCUUUGUUCGACUCCUG